AUGCAGGCCUUUGGACAAGCACACACGAAUCACAAGAAGGUGGCUGCUGACGGAGAGAGCCGGGAGGAGAGCCUGAUCCAGGAGUCGGCCUCCAAGGAGCAGUACUACGUGCGGAAGGUGCUAGAGCUGCAGACGGAGCUGAAGCAGUUGCGCAACGUCCUCACCAACACGCAGUCGGAGAAUGAACGCCUGGCCUCCGUGGCCCAGGAGCUGAAGGAGAUCAACCAGAAUGUGGAGAUCCAGCGUGGCCGCCUGCGGGAUGACAUCAAGGAGUACAAAUUCCGGGAAGCUCGCCUGCUGCAGGACUACUCAGAGCUGGAGGAGGAGAACAUCAGCCUGCAGAAGCAAGUGUCUGUGCUCAGACAGAACCAGGUGGAGUUUGAGGGCCUCAAGCAUGAGAUCAAGCGUCUGGAGGAGGAGACCGAGUACCUCAACAGCCAGCUGGAGGAUGCCAUCCGCCUCAAGGAGAUCUCAGAGCGGCAGCUGGAGGAGGCACUGGAGACGCUGAAGACGGAGCGUGAGCAGAAGAACAGCCUGCGCAAGGAGCUGUCACACUACAUGAGCAUCAAUGAUUCCUUCUACACCAGCCACCUGCAUGUCUCACUGGAUGGCCUCAAGUUCAGUGACGAUGCUGCUGAGCCCAACAACGAUGCCGAGGCUCUGGUCAAUGGCUUUGAGCACGGCGGCCUGGCCAAGCUACCACUGGACAACAAGACCUCCACGCCCAAGAAGGAGGGCCUUGCACCGCCCUCCCCUAGUCUCGUCUCCGACCUACUCAGUGAGCUCAACAUCUCCGAGAUCCAGAAGCUGAAGCAGCAGCUUAUGCAGAUGGAGCGGGAAAAGGCGGGCCUGCUGGCGACGCUGCAGGACACACAGAAGCAGCUGGAGCACACGCGGGGAUCCCUGUCAGAACAGCAGGAGAAGGUGACCCGCCUCACAGAGAAUCUGAGUGCCCUGCGGCGCCUGCAGGCCGGCAAGGAGCGGCAGACGGCCCUGGACAAUGAGAAGGACCGUGACAGCCAUGAGGACGGCGACUACUACGAGGUGGACAUCAACGGGCCCGAGAUCUUGGCCUGCAAGUACCACGUGGCCGUGGCUGAGGCUGGCGAGCUCCGUGAGCAGCUCAAGGCGCUGCGCAGCACGCACGAGGCUCGUGAGGCCCAGCACGCCGAGGAGAAGGGCCGCUACGAGGCUGAGGGCCAGGCGCUCAUGGAGAAGGUCUCCCUGCUGGAGAAGGCCAGCCGCCAGGACCGCGAGCUACUGGCCCGGCUGGAGAAGGAGCUGAAGAAGGUGAGCGACGUCGCUGGUGAGACGCAGGGCAGCCUGAGUGUGGCCCAGGAUGAGCUGGUGACCUUCAGUGAGGAGCUGGCCAAUCUCUACCACCAUGUGUGCAUGUGCAACAAUGAGACGCCCAACCGUGUCAUGCUGGACUACUACCGCGAGGGCCAGGGCGGGGCCGGCCGCACCAGCCCCGGGGGCCGCACCAGCCCUGAGGGGCGUGGCCGCCGCUCACCCAUCCUCCUACCCAAGGGGCUGCUGGCUCCUGAGGCCGGCCGAGCCGAUGGCGGGAGCGGGGACAGCAGCCCCUCACCUGGCUCCUCACUGCCGUCACCCCUGAGUGACCCACGCCGGGAGCCCAUGAACAUCUACAACCUGAUUGCUAUCAUCCGCGACCAGAUCAAGCACCUGCAGGCAGCCGUGGACCGCACCACGGAGCUGUCACGCCAGCGCAUUGCUUCUCAGGAGCUGGGCCCUGCCGUGGACAAGGACAAGGAGGCGCUCAUGGAGGAGAUCCUCAAGCUGAAGUCGCUGCUCAGCACCAAGCGGGAGCAGAUCACCACGCUGCGCACUGUGCUCAAGGCCAACAAGCAGACAGCCGAGGUGGCCCUUGCCAACCUGAAGAGCAAGUAUGAGAAUGAGAAGGCCAUGGUUACCGAGACCAUGAUGAAGCUGCGCAAUGAGCUCAAGGCCCUCAAGGAGGACGCAGCCACCUUCUCCUCGCUGCGUGCCAUGUUUGCCACCAGGUGUGACGAGUACAUCACACAGCUGGAUGAGAUGCAGCGGCAGCUGGCGGCCGCCGAGGACGAGAAGAAGACGCUGAACUCGCUGCUGCGCAUGGCCAUCCAGCAGAAGCUGGCACUGACCCAGCGGCUGGAGCUGCUCGAGCUGGACCAUGAGCAGACCCGGCGUGGCCGCACCAAAGCUGCCCCGAAGGCCAAGCCAGCCACCCCGAGCCUGUAGAGUAGCUGCCAGGAGGACUUGGCCACCCGGCCCUGUCACACUGCAGCCCCCUCCCCUUCCCUCUCGUGGCCCACAAGGAGGAAGGAAGGGCAACCUAAAAGCCCACUUAGAAACUUUUUGGAUAUACCACUGCAAUUCUUUUCAAAAUAGCAUUCCCCAAGUUUUUAAUGGGAGGAAAAAAAGCUUUAAUGUUGAGCAUGCUGCGAGCUGCUGCGUGGAAAGGCCUCUGUAUGGGCCGAAGACCCUUCUUCCCUGGCUGCCAGGCUCGCCAGGAGCCCGCUGGAAACGCCCACCACGGGGCUCCUUGUUACACAUGUUCUUUUUUUAUCCGAUCAACCUGUGCACUUUUGAUAUUUUGAUAUUAUAUUUGCUUCCUUAAUUCCUCGCAUAGAGACGGUCUCAGGUGCCGUGGUCUAUGCUCGUGGUCCUGUAGCUGUCCGCCUCAGCUCCCACCGUGUUUGUCUGGUGUCAGCACGAGGCAGAGCUGUGUGCUCCGUAGCGUGUAGCUUUAGACUCGGAGAUGAGUGCUUUGACCCAGCAAGGAGCCCGGCUACGUGUAUCCACGCUGUGGUUCAGCAGCCUUUAGAUCAUACGGCAUUGUGGUUCAUGUUUGAAAUUACAGAUUUUAAAUGCCAUGUUCAUUAAGAAAUCCAGGGUAUUCAGAUUCUGGGGUUUUUCAUAUUGUAUUAUUAUUAUUCUUAGGAAUAGUUCAAUGUAACAAGAAGAAAACUUGACCUUUGCUCUGGUUAAAACAGUAAUAGGCACUUGAAAAAAAAAAGAUAAAUUAUUGAAUGAGUAGUAUUACCUACAAAUUCCAGAAUUUUCUGGGUUUUAGGACAUUGUGAAGCAUGACUGAUUAACAGAAUUUUAUACAACUGUACCAAUAAAAUUCCAAAUUGGAAUUGUUUUGUUACUCUGGUUGUUGUGCCAAAUUGUGGUACACUUAGAAAAUUCUACAGUCGUCGAUUUUUAGGGUGUUCUCUUUCAACACCUUUUUGUUAGUAAUCAUUGCCAGUAGUGCCUUCAUCAGUUAAGGGAGGUGUCCCAGCGUAGAUCAUUCUUGAAAGCGAGCAGGGAAGAGCUAGUGGGCAUGCCGAAGGCCAGCGUGGACAGCAGGUGAGGCAGGCGCUCCUCACACCCGGACCUGGGCAUCUUCAUUGAGGGAAAGAAAACAGUCAUUGUGCAAAAUUCUGUUAGUCAGUGAUUCUUUACUUGCAAAUUCAGGGGCUUAGAAAAUGAAAGCAAACACAAAACCUUGAGUGUGCUUUGGGAACCAAAUGGACCUUCUGGGACAAGCUGAGCAAGCUGUAUGAACGCCACGUUUGUGAAGAGCUGAGGGUGUCAGGAGGGCCGACGCUCUGUUGGCAUGCGCAGUAGGGGACGAGGGUUAGCCAUAGUAUUCUUUGCAAAUGUGAAAGCGAGACAUUAUAUCUUCUCUUGCUUGGUGUAACUAAUCACUGUUAAUUUCAGGAAACAGAACUCAUUAAAACUCCUUAGUAAACCAGGUCUACAUCCUGUUUUGUUUGCUGAGUGAGGUUCGUGGGAGUGGUCAAAUUGGUACUCUUGGAGGAAGAAAAACUGUCCUUCCUUCUCCAAAAAAGGAAAAAUUAUAAUAAUAUAAAUGACAAAAAUAAAAGAAUUCUGUUUCCUGGAAUAAGCAUUUCUUAUUCCUAGUUGUAGGGACUCCUAUUUUUACCUUCCGUUACAGUGUUGAUUCAUAAGAAAUAUUGUUACAUUUGAGAUAACUUCAUCUGUAUGGGGUAUUUAUUUGCAACGAUGUCUGAGUACUGUAUUUUUUCUGUGCAUUACCUUAGUGUCAGAAUGUUGGUCUUUAUUUUAAAGUCAUAUGCAUGUUCUCCUGCCAAGGAACCUUUACACAGACCCAAACAAAAAAAUAGUAAUAAUUAAAUGCCUUCAAUUUCUGAGAAAAUGAGGCAGAGCAUGGAAAAGGAAUAGGAAGGAGAAAUUAAUUGAGAUUUUCAGGACACAGACAUGUGAUGUGAAUGCCUACAAAGCCAGUGCGCAUAGGAACAGUGGGCCUGGGUAAAGAGUCACAUUGGUAGGACCAAUAAAGAAUAAUAAAAAGACAAAGCACA